AUGACCUUACGCCUCACAUCUGCUCCGGUAUCUGGCGUUAAGAAACGAAAGUCCCCUGCACAUAGGCCUCGUGCCUCACCUUUUUCCGCCCAUGCACGUCGCAAACCUUCAUCUGGGGGAGCUAGCAGCUUGAAGUCAACUGCCGAUCUGGGUUUGGAUGAUCUGCUUCCAGACUUAGGUGGGUCGCAUUACAUUUCACAAACUGCACCGGUGCAGAAUGUGCUACAGGCUAUUCAAUAUAUCCGCGAUGGUAUAUUUGAGGAGCUCCCCCAGCGAGCGGGCAUGAACAGUACUCGGAUCGCAGAAGUACUCAACUUGCGCCGAUCAUUACCGCCGCUUGCCUCGGUGGCCCACGUCCAUACUCUUCUGGAUGCGCCAACCCAAGUGGAGAGGGAGAUUGUUGAACUGGCCCAGACAGGCCAGGUUCGGCGACUCAUCAUUCCAGGCCGAGGCAAUGAUGCGGCUGGGUUGGGUGAUUGUCUGGUGCUAGCAGAGGACUGGGAGAAGUUGGUACAGGCAAGUUCUUUAUUGGACGCCCCAAUCAAGGAGAAAUUCCUUGACAUUCUCAAACGCAUGGGUACCUCCUCGGCGAUUUCGCAGGGGGUCUUUACAACUGAUGAAUAUAGGGCUUUGCUCCGUGCUGGCUUCAUUGUUUCAUCGUCCUCAUUCACACAAGGGUCGUUGAGCAUUGCCUCUCUUCCCAAUUUGCCUAUAUCGGCAGCUUCAUCAGCAAGUCGGAAGGAAUCCACUCAGUCCAAGGCUGAGCGCCCUGUCCAGUCAGAUGCUCAGGCGCGUGCUGCAACUCUUUUCCUAUCUCUUCCUAACACCGGGACCUACCUUCGAUUGCUAGGAUCGGGUCGCGCACACCUACUUGCUUUGCUUCGACGGUCUACUUCUGGUGAGGCUCCUCUGGGUCUGUUGAAAGACCGGUGGGAUGGAGCUGUGGAGACUGAAAAGAGUUUCCAUCUUGCCAAGCGGGCUCGUGGCGAGUUUGCCGGCAUUCUUCCUGGUAAGACGAAGAAGUGGAAGGAGUUGUAUGGCAUGCACUUUCGAUGGGCUCUAGAGGAAGCUCUCGGUGCAGGACUAGUAGAGCUCUUUGAGACGGGUAGCGUAGGUCCUGGAAUCCGAUGUUUAUAA